CGGAACGAUAGUGAGGUAAAAUUGCCGGAAGACAGUUUUCAUUGACGGACUGUAGAAGCUCCUAUGACAGCUAGCCGAUAAAAACAUCAAGUUGACGCUGGCCUUUCUCCACAAUGAUGUCACAUGGAUUCAAGAGCAGUAAGCAGGACUUCACCUUUGGACCAUGGAAAGUGACAGCUGCUAAGAACCACAUCAUGAAAUCCAAAGACAUUGAACGGUUAGGAGAGGAGAUGAACAUGCCUUCCCUUCCAGAGAUGUUGUUUGGAGACAAUGUCCUGCGUAUACAACACACAGACGGAUAUGGCAUUGAAUUCAACGCCAUUGAUGCCCUGAAGAGAGUCAACAACAUGGAGGAUGCUGUCAAGGUGGCCUGUGCUCAAGAAUGGCAGGAGAGCAGGGCUGAUUCUGAACACUCCAAAGAAGUGGUGAGACCCUAUGACUGGACUUACACAACAGACUACAGAGGCACUCUACUAGGAGAAGCUUCACAUAUAAAGGUGUCUGAGACAGCAGAACGGAUCGACCUGGAAAAGCUGAAAGUUCGGGAACAGAUCAUGUUCUUUAAUGAGGUGCUGCUGUUUGAAGACGAGCUUCAUGACCACGGAGUGUCAAUGAUUGGUGUCAAAAUAAGGGUGAUGCCCACCAGUUUCUUCUUGUUGCAACGUUUCUUUCUUCGAGUGGAUGGAGUGCUGAUCAGAAUAAAUGAUACACGACUUUACCAUGAGGCUGGAAAGAACUACAUGUUACGAGAGUUCAGUAUGAGGGAGAGCAAAAUACCUGAACUGAAGAAUGUUCCUCCUGCACUCUACACAGAUCCUAAUGAGAUCGCCCAGUACUUAACCCUGAAGCUGACAGAAUGUGAGAAACUGGAACUUCCUGUGAUGCAGCCUCAGACAGAUGUUAAAGUGACAUGUAUACAGUAAAUUCCACCUUAACAUGUUGCAUGACGGAAAAGAGAAAAUAGGUGUCUUAAAGCACAUUCUUAAUGUUAAAUUAAUUACCACUGGUACAGUAUGUAUGUGUACAGGGAUGGUUUUUAUAUGUAAAUACUCUGUGUUCUUCAGACUGCAGCCAGGCUACAUGGCAAUAUUUGAACAAAUCACAGAGGUUUUCAUUAUGUUCUCAGUGCAACUGUACCUGCUGAAAUGUCAUAGAAACAUAACUGCAGUUAAUCACUUCUGGUCACAUAUUUAAAUUGUUUUUGUUUCUUUUUUUAACACUGUCAAGCUGAUCAGUCUCUGACAUGAAAUGUGCUAGAAUAGCUGUCUGUAUGCCUCUAAGAUAUGUCAGUCGUGUUUGUAUAAAGUUGUAUUUUGUAAUUAUUCAAGAAUUUCUCAUCAACUCUUGAAUCUCAUCAGCUCAUGGAAAGUUGUUUUCAAUUUUAAAUCCGACUCUUCGUGAAUAUGUAAAUAUAUCUAACAUAUGGCCAAAUAAAUUUUGUUUAAAUACUGCUU